AUGGCGACCGAGGCGCCCCAGCCUGUAGACACCACCGCCCAGCCCGCAGACACCACAGCCCAGCCUGCAGACACCACAGCCCAGCCCCAGCUCCAGCCCGAGCACGCCGCCGAGCCAGCGCAAAAGCCGCCCGUCAAGCGCUCAUGGAGGCGAAAGUACCGCAAGAUGCGCAUCAAGUUCGACAACGCCAUGAGCCAGAGCAACCACCUGAUCAUGGAGGAGUGGAAGGCUAUGGGCACCGCCCGCCGCCUGCAGGCCGAGAACGACCAGCUGCUCGACGCCCUGCUCGACUUCAACUCCCAGCCACGCGUCUCGGCGCGUCAACGCUUCGACCUGUCCGACCCUGCCAGCACACAAGCAGCCGAGCAGCGCCUGCACGGCCUGCGCGAACAGCUCAACGCCGGCGCCCUCACACCAGAGCAGUACGCCCAGCAUGCCGACCAGCUGCACGCUGCCCAGGCCGUCCAGCGCGUCCAGACGUCGCUCGCCACCCUCGAAGCCACCGUCCCACACACCACCACAACCGACCCGUCUGCCCUCCCCGACGGCAUCGACCUCAGCGAGCACGCGCCCGGCUACAUGUCGCCCGCACACGAGGAAGAGUACCUGCUCGCCCUCGACCAGCUGCUCGACGACCCCGCCUUCGACCCCGCCAGCCCCCACACCCGCACCCUGCACCUGGGGCCCUCGCAACCGCCGCUGAGCGAGAAGGAGCUUACCAUCCGCAACCCAGACAGCGUCUACAGCUGGCUGCGCAAGAAUCAGCCCCAGGUCUUCCUCCAGGACAAGGACGCCCCCCACCACGACAAUGUAUCCGAGAAGGCUGCCCCCAAGGGCGGCAACAAGAAGGGGCGCCAGUCCAACGUCGGCGGCACACCAGGGCCCAAGGAGGAACACGAUGGCGAGGACUUGGCCGCGCCCGAAGCCAAGGGCAAGGGGAAGAAGGGCGGAGGCGACCCGGACGACACAGCGUACCGACCCAAGGGUGGCAGCAGCAGGUCAUCGAAGCGCAAGAGAGAGGCUGGAGAAGGCGAGUCCAAGGGGGCUCGUAAGAAGAAUCGGCCCAGUGCAGCAGCAGCAUCAGCAGCAGCGGCAGCGGCAGCGGCAGCGGUGGCGGUUGCAGCUCCCUCGUCCGCGCCCGCGCCCGCUGCUACGGGGUAG